UAACAUUUGCACUGCAGUUAAACCCCAAAUCAACUCCAAACUCUCUGUAAAACCCUAAACUCGCGAUGGGGAAGAAGAAGAGCAAGCAGCAGCGAAGAAUAGCCAAUGGAGAGCAACAAAUCAAGCAAGAGGAGAUUCUGAAAACCCUCGGUGACUUCACAGACAAAGAUAAUUGGGACAAAUUCUUCACACUUCGCGGCAGCGAAGAUAACUUCGAAUGGUACGCCGAGUGGCCGCAGCUCCGGAGCUUACUCACGGACAAUCUCUCGUUCCCCGAGAAGCCUCCCAAGGAGGUGACUAUCUUAGUGCCGGGGUGCGGGAACUCCAAGCUCUCGGAGCAGCUCUACGAUGCCGGAUUUCAGAGCAUAACGAAUAUCGAUUUCUCGAAAGUGGUUAUUAUGGAUAUGUUGAGGAGGAACGUGAGAGAGCGGCCGGAGAUGAAGUGGAGAGUUAUGGAUAUGACCGAGUUGCAGUUUGGUGGUGAGAGCUUCAAUGCUGUUGUGGACAAAGGAGGCUUGGAUGCUUUGAUGGAGCCGAAGCUCGGUUCAAGAUUGGGCAUUCUCUACUUAAGCGAGGUUAAAAGGGUUAUGGAAACUGGAGGAAAAUUCAUUUGUCUCACCUUAGCAGAAUCUCAUGUCUUAGAGUUACUUCUCCGUGAAUUUCGAUUUGGGUGGAAAAUGAGUAUUCAUGCCAUCUCUCAAGGGCCACCAUAUGGAACCACCCCGGAACUGCAGACUUUUGUGGUAGUUGCUGAGAAAGAUUCUCCUACUUCAGUGUCUGAUUUAUCAUUGUUCUUGGGUGAAUAUUCUAUUGAACGACAUGGUAAUCAGGCUCGUAAACUAUAUGAAAUGCUUGAAAAAGAAAGACAUGCUCGCACAAAAUACUCCAACAACUCCGACAUAUCGUACACAAUGGAAGACUUGAGACUUGGGGCAAAAGGAAAUAUUUCAAUACUUGAACCUGGGCGUAGGAUAAAGCUCAUCUUAGGUGAACCUGGAGUAUCCAAUUUUUUCUAUAAUUGCACGCUUCUUGAUGCUAAGCCAGACUCAGGACAAUUUGUCUAUCCCUAUGGUGUAUUCAUUGUUCCCCAAUUAAGAGCUCAUGACUGGCUUUACACAUCAGAAGAAGGGCAGUGGCUUAUUGUUGUAAGUGCAAAGGCUGCUAGGUUGUGCAUGGUUUUUCUGGAUUCUAGUAAUUCCGUUUAUCCCAUGCAGUCCAUCCAGUCGGACCUUUCUCCUUUAGUCAAGCAGUUGGCUCCAAACUAUGGUGACAAUGACAAUGACCUUCAAAUUCCGUUUAUGGCUGCAGGUGAUGGAAUUAAGAAGCGAGGUAUUGUGCACCAGGUUGAAUCUGACUUGACUGGUCUAAUCAUCGUGGAUGAUGUGAUCUAUGAAGCUAUUAAUAAAGAUGAUCCUUAUAAGGGUCAUAAGUAUCGCCGUCUCAUUUUUGAAAGGUCUGAGAAUCUGGUGCAAUCUGAAGCUCUUUUAUCGUCAAAAUUUGACUCUCGCUCAUCUAGGACUUCUGCUUUAAGUAGUGAAGCGGAAGUUAUUCACAACCACUUAGCUAGUCCGUACCACAAUGGGAUUAUUUCAGGAAUACUGUUGAUCUCUUCAUAUUUGAGCAUAGCUACCUCAUUUGGAGGCCUGGUAAAAACAGCGGUUCUUGGUCUUGGGGCAGGACUGCUUCCUAUGUUCAUGAAGAAAAAUCUACCCACCCUCCAGAUUGAGGUUAUCGAGUUAGAUCCAGUGGUAUUGGAUGUCGCUAGAGAUUUUUUUGGUUUCGAAGAGGAUGAGCGCUUGAAGGUACAUGUUACAGAUGGAAUUAAAUUUGUCAAGGAGAUAGCAGAUUCUAAGGUUGAGGGAGACGAAAAAAGCCUCAGAAAAAUUGACAUUCUCAUAGUCGAUGUUGACUCAUCAGACACAAGUUCUGGUUUGACAUGCCCUGAAGCGGAUUUUGUCGAAGAAUAUUUUCUUUUGGCCGCAAAAGAAUCACUUUCUGAGCAAGGUUUAUUCAUCAUCAAUCUGGUCUCGAGAUCCUCUACCAUGAAAGAUGCAGUGUAUACGCGCCUGAAAAAGGUAUUCAGCAACAUCUUUUGCCUCAAGAUCGAAGAAGAUGUCAACGAAGUACUUUUUGCGCUCAAGACUGACUUCGCCAUUGAAGAGCAGCAGCUCUCAGAAGCUCGUACUGCAGUUGCCAGGUAUUCAGAAGAGGCGAAGGAGUGGGGCGAAAAAGUCGUGGAUCUAUCAAAAUCGAUCGAGCUACUGAGUUAAUGGAGGAGAUGAAGUUAUACAAACAUUUUGUUUUCCUUCAAUAUAUACAUGUAUACUAGUAGUAUUAGUUUCUUAAUUUAUUUUAUAUAACAAAACUGCCAGUUUGCAGAUAAAAGGUGUUUUAGGACAUACUACUAGUUUAUUGGCCUUUCGCAUUUUUUGUUAUAUUUGAACAGAAAUAGGUCCAAGACUUUGGUAACCAGAAAAUGUUUAUUGACAUUCAAUUAAGAUAAAACUCAACUAUCAAGAAACUA